ACUUGGAGAUAAUUUGGUAAAUAAUAAAAAAACAUGCGUGCUAGCCAGCUUAAACCUGCGUACCAAGCUUGCAUUUAGCUCGUUACCUCCAAAUGCAGUCAAGGUGGAUUUCAUCGAGCUGAUUUUCUCUAGUAUCAACUUACACAUAAAAAUGCCUUUAAAUCCAUUCAUUUGUCACUUUUUUAAUGAUAAUAUUACUGAAACAAUUAUACUAAAACAUGACUUGUAUAUUAAAGUAAAAGAUUAUGUUAGCUCGUUAACGGAUUACAUUGGCACAUAUGAACCUAUGAAUGAUCAACAUAAAUUAAGCUUACAAGCAUUUUUCUUUCUGCUCGUUUAUAUCGCAUACCGAUAUACUAUCAAAAUAAUGGCAUCUUUUAUUAUAAACAUUUCAUCUGAGCUGCCAAUCGGUAAAGGUAUGGGCAGUUCAACAUCAUUCGCGGCAUGUCUCGCGACAUGCUUUUGGCGUUGGUCGCUUCUGCAAAAAGGAAUUGUCCGCUAUGAAUUCGGCGAAGAAGAUAUGAAAGUGCUUAAACGUUGUAUAACUAUGUGCGAGAAAGUAGUGUACAAUUCUUCGAACAUAAGCGACUCUAUAGUACCAAUAUUCGGCGCAUUAUUAGUAUUCGAAAAGAACGGGCUGCAAAAAAUAUAUGAAAAAUUUCCGAGCAUAAAAGUUCUAAUUAUGUACUCAAAUAUUACAAGCGAAGCUGUGCAAAAGCACUCAUAUCCGUUCGCCGAUAGCAUUCUGGACAGCAUUGACGCUAUAUCGAAAGAAUCUAUUGAAAUAUUUAACCAGAUUGAGGAGGAACCGGGAAUGAAUUUAUAUAAAUAUAGUACAAGUACAUUAUCAGAUUCUUCACAGAGCAAUUACGAGAAAUUAUCAGAUCUUAUUCGUAUGAAUCAAGGAUUAUUAAAUGCAUUAGGAAUAUCACAUUCAAAUGUAGAUACUAUUUGUGCUAUUGCGCAGGAUUAUUCACUAAGUGGGAAGAUGGCAUGUAGAGGCAGACUUGAUUACACCUAUAUCUUAUUACCGCAGAAUAUCACAGACGAAGAUCUCAUUAAACUCCUAGAUAAAUUUAAAUCACGUAACUUUUUUGGCAUAGUAACUAGUUUAUGUGGAGAUUGGAGCGGAGUAAGAGUUGAAUAGUAUAUUUAAAUCAACACUUUAAUAUAUUUAAUAUUUAGCGACUUUAUAUAUAGCGACGAAAUAUCAACAAUGCAUUAACAAAAUAUAGAAUAUAGAAU